AUGUGGAAGGUGGCAUGUCUGCUGAGUUCAACGCCUACUGGAAAAGCGCUAUGGAGAAGCCAUGCAAUUUCAGUGCUUGGACUAAACUGGUAUCACAUGCAGAAAAAAAACCUGGCAGCAUGUAGGAAAGCUUAUGAUGCAUUCCUCACAUAUUUCCCUCUUUGUCACAUCUACUGGAAGAAGUAUGUUGACCUAGAGCAGCAUCAUGGUAAUGAAGAAGAGACAGAAAAGAUCUUUGAGCGUGCUGCGAAGGCCAUCCCACUUAAUGUCAACAUGUGGAUCAGCUACGUUCAGUUCUUGAUGAAGACUAUGGACAUGGCUUUGACAAAAUCUGUUGACAAAUUACGA